AUGUCGUUCUGUUCCUCAGCCCAGCCCCUUGACUCAGAGACCACCGCCCACCAGAAACCAACUUCAGAACCAAACCCCGUGUUGACACCGUAUGAGUUCAACUUCAGCUGUCUGCUGCUAUGCCAGUACUGCCUUGAGGCCUUCUCUGGUUCUAGACCGCUUGUUGAUGGGCCCGACGCUGACCCCGAUCUGAUGUACUGCUUGUUCAUCCAGCAUCCCACAAGCCACAACCGCUUAAAGGAUCAACAGUCGGAAGGUUUCAUCAGCUUUGACUAUAGAGAACCCAAUAUUAGCCAUCGUUGA